AUGAAUUUUUUACGCGCUCGAGUUUCGGUGCGAGGGUGGGAUAUCGACAAUGAGCCAUCCCCACAUUUGCUACUGGCGUUUGCCGAUGACUGCACUGGUCUACUAGCCGAUAUUGAUCACGCACCUGAAUUCAUAAACGUGGUACAAGAUUACGCGUUAGCAUCAGGACUACACCUAAAUAUGAAUAAAACGUGCGUCAUGCCGCUUACGCACCAAGUCGAUUUGUCCAAAUUGGCCAGACUACGUGCUUCAACAAAUCUCAAAGUGUUGAAACCGUCGGACACUGUGGUACUAUUAGGAGUACUUCAGGGUGCAACUGUGACACCUAAGCAACGUAUCAGCGUGACGUCUAAUACACCGAAUCUUCUGAAAACUGUGGACGUCAUUACCUGCAACUUUGUUCACUCUACGGAUACGGAUAGUGACUCCGCGGUUGCCGAAGAAUUCGCAAAAGAAUGGAUUUAUGCAUGUGUUUCGAAGGGUGGAUUAGGAUUGACACCUGUCAAAGCUAAUAUCCAAGCUAUGCAUCUUAAGACAUUAAAGGAUGGAAUUGCCUCGACUUGUGAAUUGAGUAUUGUACCCCGGUGGUUUACUCCGGCUCUGCAACUCUUCACAAGAAAAUUAGGCUCCGUUGGUACAGGCUUUGAUAUUUUAUAUGCACAUAUGAAGGGAGAGCAAUGGAAUAAACUACCUGACUAUGGGAAAUCUACUCUACGUGUAUGGGCGGAACUCCACACUACACACGACUCCACGAACUGGAAAUGGUUUGUGCAAGUCAUUCCGUUAUGGUACAAUGUCUACUUUACGUUUGGCAAGGCUAAAACCCCAUUGGCCGAGGUCAGUAAAAGCACUAUUGGUUACUGA